UGAGCUGUCGUGUCCAUAAGGCGGUACGGGAAGCUGCUUGGUCCAUUAUAGUUCCCAGCGCUCGCUAACAGAAAAGCGAGGAAACAACACCUUAGCGGUUUGCAGCAGCCACACCGAUUACUUGAAAGAUGAGGCGUCGUGCACAGUGGGGGGGUCUGAUCCUCUUCCUGUCCUGCUCUUUUCUGUGUGCUCACUCUCAGUUGUCUCCACACCAGCAGCAGCCUCCUCCUGUAGUGGGAGGCUCAGCUCAGAUAACUCGCCUUGACAGAAACAUGGUGCAAGACAAAGACCACAUCAUGGAGCACUUGGAGGGGGUCAUCGACAAACCUGAGAAAGACAUGACGCCCCAGGAGCUUCAGCUGCAUUAUUUUAAGAUGCACGACUACGAUGGGAACAACCUGCUGGACGGCCUGGAGUUGGCCACUGCUAUUACACAUGUACACAAAGAGGAGAGAGGGGAGAACAGCCAGCCAAUGAAGGAGGAGGAGCUCAUCGCGCUAAUCGACGACGUCCUGAGGGACGACGACAAAAACAACGACGGGUACAUCGACUACGCAGAGUUCGCCAAAUCGCUGGAGUAGAUCGCCUCGCUGUUUCUUCGUUUUCAAUCCUGAAGGAGAAUCCUGAAUGAGGGGAGAGGCGGCAAGCUGCUCCGUCUUUCACGGAAAUCAUCUUUGUAAUUUACAAAGCUUGUGACAGUUCUUUCAUACCAGAUGGAAUGUAAUUCCACCGAAUUACAAAACAGUAGCCUUUGUACCCUGUUUUUGUAGAUUGUGCCAUUUUCAAAGGGUCAGUUUAACCAAAUUAUUUUUUUAUUCUGACUUUAGCGGCCUCUAUGCUACGUGUUUUCUACCAAAGUACGCCAGCCAGCCACUGUACUGCAGUAAACAAACCAAUGAAGUAGUUUGGUUGAACUGACCCAACGGCCCAGUUCAUUUCAAACUCAUACGCACUAUUUUAAAUUAAAUUCAACACACCAGCUGUUUGAGUCUCUGCAUUUAGGACCAAAUGAUUCCUUGUGAAGAUAAUUGGGCAAAAAUGACGUUCCCACACCAACAAAUGCUGAGCAAGUUAGCUGCGCCCCCUUCUGGUCGGCCGGAGGACGCAGGCUCUUAAUCAGUCGCAAUAGGAAUGUAUAGCAGAGCUGCAUCAGAUUCUGCGACACUGAAUAAGCUAGACUGGAAGCACACUGGCAGACUCUUCUGCAAGCUGGACUUUCAGGAAAGCACUUGAAUGCAACACGAUUCCUUCAGAUGUUAGCUGCCUUUUUUUAAAAUGCUCUGUUCAAACGCAUCAGGUCAGGUUUGUUCAGUCCAUCAGCGUUUGCUUCAUAUGGAUGAACUCUAUUUUCUUUUCUUUGAUUUUACCAACCAGUGUUGAUUCUUCAAUGGGUUCUGAUUGUGGAGAGAAAUGAUGUAAAGGUUGGGAAAAGGUUUGGAAAUAUAACUCUGGAAUGUGAAAACAAAACUGUUCUCUCAGUUACUAUUAAGGUAAAUUAUGUUUGGUUCUGGGAAACUCAUGAAAUCAAAUUUAUUCUCUGA